CCCAGUGGCCUCGGGCGCUCCGCCUCUUCACGGAGCUCGAGGAGGGCAUUGGCGCGGACACCACCGCCCGGAAUGCAGCCAUUACUGCUAUGGCUACUGCCAGUGAGUGGCAGCAGGCGCUGUCUCUGCUUUGGAAGGGCUUUGGUUUGCGGCAAACGGACGUCAUCAGUUUCAAUGCCUGCAUCAAGGCAUGUGAAGGAGGAGCCAAGUGGCAACUGGCAUUAUUGCUGCUGUCUUUCAUUAUAGACCACAGCUUCGCAGACGUGGUGUCCUACAAUGCUGCAAUCACUUGCUGCGAAAAAGGAGAACAGUGGCAAAUAGCACUCAUGCUCCUCUCGCAUCUUCGAUCUGGGAACACCGCCACCGUGGUCUCCUUCAGCGCCGCCAUCAGCGCCAGCGCGGCGGGCAAGCUCUGGCCCUCGGCUUUGGAGUUGAUGGGAAUGAUGAGGGCUCUGGCAAUCCAGCCCAAUGUGAUCUCGCAGAAUGCAGCCCUCACGGCCUGUGAAAAAGGCCAAGAAUGGCUCAGAGCCUUGGACAUGUGGCGAGGUGGAUUUGGUGAGCUACAACGGAGUUUGGUCAGCUUCAAUGCGGCCAUCAGCGCAUGUGAAAAGGGUGUCGCUUGGGAGGAAGCGCUGGAGCUUCAGAAUGGCUUGGAGGAGAACCACAUCGAAGCAGAUGCGAUCAGCUUUGUCGCCGCAUUGGGUGCUUGCGAAAAGGCCUCGCACUGGGUGAGGACACUUCGGUUGCUGGGUCAGUUGACUGCAGAAAUUGACAUCGGCACCUACAAUUGCGCAAUUAGUGCAUGCACCAAGCGACGGCGUUGGGAGCAAGUUCUUCAAAUUCGACGAUCUCUGGUCGAGAGGCGUCUCCGGUGCGACGCCAUCACGCUCAGCACCACCGUGGCCGCGGCCGCGGCACCGGCGCCGGCGGCGCUGCGGGCGGCGCGGGUGGCGCUGGAGGAAAUACGGAGCUUCGUGCCGAGAGAAAAGCAAGUUGGAGGAAGCCAG